AUGGCACUGUGGACUGUGUGGAUACUAGCCAUAUGUGGAGUCCUGACUGGGCAUGGCUCAAAUGCUCAGGACUGCGGCAUUGCUCCUCUGAACACAAGAAUAGUGGGUGGUGUGAAUGCUUCAGCUGGAUCAUGGCCGUGGCAGGUCAGCAUGCACUUCGAAGUCGGUUCGGCUGCACAGCACAUCUGUGGAGGGACCCUGAUCAGUAAUGAAUGGGUCCUAACAGCAGCCCACUGCAUUGUAACAAAUGUGACCAGAUUUUGGACUCUCUACAUGGGAAGAGAGACUCAGAGUGGCCCUAACAAUAAUGAGGAGAGUCGCUCUGUGUCCCAGAUCAUAGUUCAUCCAGACUACAACAACACCUUGUUCAACAACGACAUUGCUCUCAUGAAGCUGAGCAGUCCUGUUAGUUUCACUAACUUCAUCAGACCCAUCUGCCUGGCCAGUAACUCCAGCCAAGUCCACACUAACACCUCCUGCUGGGCCACUGGCUGGGGCCGACUUGGAAGGGAUGAGCCUCUAGUGGCGUUUGAUUCACUUCAGGAGGUCCAGAUUCCUGUCGUUGGAAAUAAUCAGUGUACCUGCAACUACAUGCAAGUACAAGGAGGAAACAUCACAGAACAAAUGAUCUGUGCUGGAGAGGCAGGCAGAGGAAUAUGUCAGGGCGACUCUGGUGGACCUUUGCAGUGCCAACAAAACUCAACGUGGGUCCAAACAGGCAUCACUAGUUUUGGAGUACCUUGUGCACUGCCUGGUUUUCCUGAGGUUUUUGCCCGAGUUUCUGAGUUCCAGACAUGGAUCUUGGAUCAAGUGGCUGGGGCGAAUAUCGGCUUUGUGACGUUCACCUCUAAUGGCACCGACCCAGACAGCAGCUUUGUGUGUCCGACUUUGACAGCAACAACAGUGCCUUCAACAACAUGUGGGGCAUCGAUAGUCACAAAUGAGAUAGUGAUGGUUAUGAUCACUACAUUGUUCCAGCUGUGUAGUUUAGCUCUGUAGCAUUGGUAUGCACAUCUCCAUGUCUCCUUCUGCUGUUUCAUACUUUAUUCAGAAUGAUUUUUCAUGAUAUCACUAUCAAUCGCUUUUUUCGACAUUACAAUUAUUUUUUCUUUUUAUUUGCCUAUUUUAAUGAUAAACUUGAUCAAAUCUUGUAAGAUAUAACAAUUAAUUUUAAUAAUGACUUGCACUAUAUUGUAUUUCACUUUACGUAACUUCAUUUGUCACAAUGGAUUGACGAA